CAGGCUUGCAAACCCCAGAUAACGUUCUGCCCAGCACGGCAGGGGUCAAUUUGGUCCACUUGCCCAGUGACAAGAAAAAAAAAGUGGGCUGUGACUUAAAGAUCUUAAGACUCACCAGAGAGGGGCUGGUCUGGAGGUGGGAGGAGGAGGAGGAGGGAGUGACUAGCCAAGGAGGAGACAGGGACUCAGGAGGGUGCAAGGAAGUGUCUUAGCUGAGACUGGGGCAAGGCAGGAGCAGAGUGUGCAGGAGAGAGGCAUCCUCGGGGAUCUGGAGAGCCCAGAGGCAGCCCCUCCUGCCUGCUGGGAAGGGCUCUGGGCACCGUCAGACCUUCUCACCCUCGGAGGCUCAAGCCAGAAGCUCAAGGUGCUUGCGGACUUGGUGACAGAGCCACGGAGCUGGUACCCCCGGGGCCCGCUGCCCGUCUUCACUCCCCAGCAUGGAGGAAGGUGGCGAUUUCGACAACUACUACGGGGCGGACAACCAGUCUGAGUGUGAGUACACGGACUGGAAGUCCUCGGGGGCCCUCAUCCCCGCCAUCUACAUCUUGGUCUUCCUCCUGGGCACCACGGGCAACGGUCUGGUGCUCUGGACUGUGUUUCGGAGCAGCCGGGAGAAGAGGCGCUCGGCUGACAUCUUCAUCGCCAGCCUGGCGGUGGCCGACCUGACCUUCGUUGUGACCUUGCCCCUGUGGGCCACCUACACCUACCGGGACUACGACUGGCCCUUCGGGACCUUCUCGUGCAAGCUCAGCAGCUAUCUCAUCUUCGUCAACAUGUACGCCAGCGUCUUCUGCCUCACGGGCCUCAGCUUCGACCGCUACCUGGCCAUCGUGAGGCCCGUGGCCAACGCGCGGCUGAGGCUGCGGGUCAGUGGGGCCGUGGCCACCGCGGUGCUGUGGGUGCUGGCCGCCCUCCUGGCCAUGCCCGUCAUGGUGUUCCGCUCCACCGGGGACCUGGAGAACAGCACCAAGGUGCAGUGCUACAUGGACUACUCCAUGGUGGCGACCUCCAGCUCAGAGUGGGCCUGGGAGGUGGGCCUGGGGGUCUCGUCCACCGCCGUGGGCUUUGUGGUGCCCUUCACCAUCAUGCUGACCUGCUACUUCUUCAUCGCCCAGACCAUCGCCGGCCACUUCCGCAAGGAGCGCAUCGAGGGCCUGCGGAAGCGGCGCCGGCUGCUCAGCAUCAUCGUGGUGCUGGUGGUGACCUUCGCCCUGUGCUGGAUGCCCUACCACCUGGUGAAGACGCUCUACAUGCUGGGCAGCCUGCUGCACUGGCCCUGCGACUUCGACCUCUUCCUCAUGAACGUCUUCCCCUACUGCACCUGCAUCAGCUACGUCAACAGCUGCCUCAACCCCUUCCUCUACGCCUUCUUCGACCCCCGCUUCCGCCAGGCCUGCACCUCCGUGCUCUGCUGGGGCCAGACCCGGUGUGGGGGCUCCCCCCACAGCAGCAGUGGGGAGAAGUCGGCCAGCUACUCUUCGGGGCACAGCCAGGGGCCCGGCCCCAACAUGGGAAAGGGCGGGGAGCAGGAGCACGAGAAAUCCAUCCCCUACAGCCAGGAGACCCUGGUGGUCGACUAGGGCUGGCAUUGGGGAGAAGCCUGGCGCCCCGGGCCCCCAGCCUCGGCCCUUGCUCUGGAGAUCAGGUAGUGUGGCUGCACCUUCCGCCCUGCAUGGCACCCCUUCCCCGCCCCCGCCCAGCCCCGACCUCCUCUUCGCCCUUUAUUCUGUCUCUGAGGAUUGUGGUUUAGUGGAAAGAGACUCAGCCUUGCAGAACUGAGCUUGCAUAAGUCUCUUAACCUCGCCGAGCCUCAGUUUCUCCAUUGGUAUAAAAUGGGGGAAAGUCAUAUUGACCCUAAAAUGUUGAGGUGGGUGAGUCCUGACUCAAUAAAAGUUCGUUCCCCUCUACCCUUUCUUAGAUCUCCAGUCCUCUUUUCUCUCUCCUUCCCUUUUAGUUUUCCCUCUCUCCCUGCCACUGUCGCUCCUGAUCCAACCUUCUGGCUCGGGCGCCCUCUCACUGCAUCCCCUCGGCUGCCCCUCUCGUGGCUCCCCCUCCCUGUCUGCCCCCUAUUCUGAGGGGCCCCUGAGGGUUAAGGAUCCUGACGCUUGCAGAGACUAACCCUGUUCUUCAUCCUGUUUUCUGAGCGGGAGGCGGGGAAGGGCUGGAGUGGGCGUGGGCUGGCCUCAGCUGAGAAUUAGCACUCCAGUCCCCGGCCCGGCGCUCCAGAACUUUCCCUAAAAUUGGAUCGGUUCCUUGUGAUUUCAACCACUGGGGCUGGCAUGAUCCCCGAAGAGAGCCCCCCUUCCUGCAGCCCCUCUGUGAUGCCAACUAGAUGUGCUGCCUCCAAAUUUCCUCAUCCUCAGAUCGGUUCGUUCUUCCGCUACUUGCUGUGGGAGUCGGAAGGCCACGGGGCUGAUGAACUGUCGGGCUCCUGGGUUUCAUUAUGUGAAUGGGGAGCUGGGGAGGGGCGUGAGAGGAAAAGGGGACACGAAGGUGUCUGCACUUGGUCUGGAGGCGACUUGGCUCCCCUGCCCACACCGUCCCUCGGAGCCCCUGCAGAGCUGCGUAGGAAGGUCUUUCCUG